AUGCCGCCAUUGAUUUCAGAAGAGCUGGACGAAGUGUCCACAACCGAUCGCGAGACUACGGACGACCAAACUCUCAACACACCUGAUCAAAUCUCAGUGUCAGAUCUUGGAGGCGGGGUUGGUAAUGCUGAAGAUGUCGGGGAUGUGGUAGUAGUGCAAGUUCAUACCGCCACCACAGCCACGUUGACCUCUGAACAACCUGCUUCAGAGAUGCCGAACCCGGAUGACAGUGCCCUUGGCGAACAACUACAAAGAUCCGCUGAAGAGAGCCUCAGUGAUGCUGAGGCUGCAACGGACUCGGCUACGCAGGCAGAUCCCAAUGGAGAUGUCACCAUGGAUGAUGCGGAUGCAGAUGGCGAGGCCGAGGAGGACGAAGAUGCGGAAGGCGAAACCGAUGAUGAUGCUGCUGCUGAGGAAGCUGCAGGAGACGAAGAAGAGGAAGAUGGUGAAGAGCACGCCGACAGUAGUGAUGAAUCGGAAGGUGGUGAUGAAGCCAGCACAUCGUCAGAGUCAGAAUCAGAGUCAAGUGAAGCGGACACCAAAGCUGAAGACUUGAAACCGGAGUGUUUGUUCUGCAAGAGUACGAAAGAGCCCAACAAUGCUGAUGAACCAGAUUUGACCUGCACCGAAUGUGGGAGUCUUGCCCAUCUUCACUGUGCCAAAGAAAAGAGUUCAGUGAAGAUCGACGCAAGCUCCUGGCGUUGUCCUGACUGCCUGGAGAAACGCGGUCAAUCAGAUUCUCCAAAAGAACAAAGUAUUCGCUCCAAGAAUUCCGCUCCUCGGCUCGUUAGAGACUUGUUACCAGUGACGCGUGGAGUUCAGAAACCCAACUCUCACUCCAUCUUUGCUCAACCUCUCAUUUCCGAAGGUGAAGACGGAGGAAGAGCCCUCAGGAAGAGAAAGUCACCAACUCAAGAACCUCCACCAAUGUCUGAAAAGAGGCGCAGGAAAGCUACGAUUCGAGCUUUAGCAACUCCUACCGAUGUGACGGUGGCCGACAACAAAUUCGAGAGUAACAGAGCAGUUGCACAUUCGACAAGAAGAGCUUUUCAGAAGCCAACACUGCCAGUUGCAAGAAUAUUGCAACAUCGUCCUUUCGCAAAACCCCCCCCUCAUAAAUUCAUCCUUGCAUUUCGCCUCGAUCAGUCAAAGAUUGAGGCAAUUCUAGAGAAGCCUCCACGACCUGGGAAGAGGAGAGCAGCGCGGGCAACAGAAAAAAAGAGAUUACAGAAAAUACCUCCGCCAAUUUUCCAGCCUCCUGUACCCAAGUUUCCUGCAUUGCCGACACACCACUUGAUUUUCCCCUCCGCAUUUACAGAUCGAGAGGCAGAACUCAAUGCCAAACCAUAUGGAGGCAUUCUCACGGAAGCUGAAGCAGAUACAUCACGGUCGUUACCACAAUUGAAAGAUCGAGAAAUAUUUGAAAUUGCAAGAAAAGAAGCAGAGGAGGAACGUCGUAAGACAUCUGCUGCAGCUGAGGCGGAGAUCAACGGAGACAGUGCAACCAUCAAACCCAAGACCACGAUAUCAGGUCCACCCAGUAAGAUCAAAUGUAUCCAAUUUGGGAAGUUUGUCAUCGACACAUUCUAUGCCGCUCCAUAUCCGGAAGAAUAUUCGCAUGAGUCGAGACUAUUCAUAUGUGAAUAUUGUCUAAAAUAUCUUCCCUCAGAAUUCGUCGCAUACCGGCAUAAACUCAAAUGCCCAGCCAAACACCCUCCCGGAGACGAGAUCUACCGAGAAGGUUCCAUUUCAGUAUGGGAAGUGGACGGACGCAAAAAGACAGAAUACUGUCAAUGCCUGUGUUUGAUGGCGAAGAUGUUUCUUGGUUCGAAGACGCUCUAUUACGAUGUGGAGCCAUUCCUCUUCUACAUCUUGACGGAAUAUGAUGAAUUUGGUUAUCAUUUCGUCGGAUAUUUCAGCAAAGAAAAACGACCAGCCAGCCAAAACAACGUUAGUUGCAUUCUCGUCAUGCCGAUUCACCAGAGGAAAGGCUAUGCGACAUUCCUCAUUGACUUCUCGUAUCUUUUGACAAGAAUCGAAGGCAAAGAUGGCUCACCCGAAAAGCCACUUUCAGACAUGGGAUUAACGGCAUAUCGGUCAUACUGGGACCUCACGAUAUCACAACAUCUCUUAGAUUUGGGCAUGAAACCUUUCAGCACAAAGACGCUCAUGCUGAGAACAGGAAUGACAGCUGACGACGUGAUCCAUUCACUAGAACGGCUUUAUGCUUUUAUUCGAGACCCAGUCACGAAAACAUAUGCGGUCCGUUAUGACAAAAAGCUGUAUGAACGUAUUGUUGCCGAAUUUUCCGCAAAGAAUCACCGUACCUUGCGACCAGAGAAAUUGGUAUGGACACCUUACAUCAUGGGUAGAAGCGACCAAGCAACAUUGGACGGUCAGCCUAUUCAUGCUAUUGCGCCAAGAGAUGAUGAGAGCGAGACAGAGGAAGUCCCUGCUGAAGUCAACGCAUUGUCCGAGGGUGUUGACAUGAAAAAAGAGCCAGAAGACCUGGUAGAUUCAGAUCCUAUCUCCCCUCGCUCAAAAUCAAAGGCAUUGCCAAGUCACCAAUCCGUUGAAGAAGAGGCGACGACUGUGCAAGAUCCAGCUCUUAUCAAUGAACAUGGACAUGUCGCACCUGGACCGCCCUCUACAGAAGUAAUGAAGAUCGCGACCUCGUUGGAAGCCACUCAAUCAGACAUCAAGCUCAACGGCCUGACAAACGGCGACAGGCCUACCACAGAACCCAUGACAGGUAAUGGCAAAGAACCCGCGACUGAAGGACCACCUACAGAGGAAGUGCUUACUGGCUACGCUCUGGCGUACCGGACACUGAAUAUUCCUCCAGCGCGAUUUCAAAUCGAACCACCCAUCCCACCCGCAAUGCUCCGGCAACGCAGCGUCAAGAAGCGAAAUCAAGCCACAGCAUUCGGCACGCCUAAGGCAAAUGGCCUCAACGACCUCCCUUCCAUCCCAGUCGCCGUGCGCAGCUCACCACGUAAUGCAUCGUCGAGCGUGAACGGCAGCGCAAGUGGCAGUGGAGGCAUCAUGUCGAACGGGAAUCGUAGCCGCCUGGCGAGCCCUGACAAGGGCCCGGACACACCGAUGCGAAGAAGUGGACGCGGGCGAAGUAAAAGCCGUCUUGCAACGGUCAGUGUGGCGAGGUCAGAUGGCGCAAGUGACGACGAAGCAGAAGCCGGAAGCGAUAGUGUAGCUAUCGAUGUCGACACAGGCACCGACAAGCGAGAAGGAGAGGAAGAUGGUGACGAAGAAGAGGAUGAAGAAGACGAAGGCAGCAGCACUAAUGGCAGCAGCUCCGAGUCGGAAGAAGAGGCGUCCCUGGCAGUGGCAUCCAGCGAAGAGAACGCAAGUGGAAGUAGCGCGGGUUCGAGCGCUGCAUCCGAUGACGACGAGGAGGAGGAGGAGGAAGACGAAGAUGAUCCCGACCCCGACGACCCGAACGACGAAGACGUCGAAAUCAACGAGGACGAGGACGACCAGAGCUCCGAAGACGAGGACGAAGACGAGGACGCCGAGGCCGAACCCGACGUGGGCGCCGAUCUCGCUUCUACGGCCACGGCCCCGUCUGCGACUGGCUCUGGCUCGGCCUCGGCUUCAGGCUCGGCGGCGGCGACUCCUUCAGCGGCGGCGGCGGCAGGUGCGGACGAGGACGAAGACGAGGAUGCAGACGGCGAGGCGGAGGAUGAUGACUGA